UCAAAAUUUCCAAACAGCAUUUUUUUAUGAGUUGGCGAACUGCUGCGCCCACCCCAUAAAAUACCUCAAACCAUAGAAAUGUCGAUCUAUUCCUUUUCCUUCUCGAGCAGCAUCCAUCAACGUAUUGUAAUGCAAGUGCUCGCAGCUCUUCUCAUUGCCUUGUUCGCUCUUAUUGCGGUUGCAUCUGCUUUCCGCGGAGGACAUGGACGCCCACUAUACGUUAAAAAUGCGCAACUGAUAGCUGAUAUGUCGAUUGAUACAGACGACAUUCCACCGAAUUUGUUAAUGAAUUUCAAAAAGGAUACAAAAAAGAAUAAUUGGAGACGUUCAAUCAGUGGAAUCGUCAAUCCCACUUCGAGGUUUCGCCAAUCACGGUGGACGCGCGGCGGCCCGUUCGUACGACCAGUGGUAAUGGGAGAAUACUUGGUUUCUCAUCAAACUUGAUGAUCCGUUAACUUGUCAAAUAAAUAAUUUCAUGUUAGA